ACCAAGUGUUGCUCCGAUAGGAGGCAGAUUGACAGGCGGUUUCUUCUUUUCUUCUUCUUCUUCUUCUUCUUCUUCUUCUUCUUCUUCUCCUCCUCCUCCUCUCGACGGAGAGAUGCAACGCGCAGCAGCCUCGCCGUGACUGGAAUAACUGUCGUGAGGCCUUUCAGAGGAGCUGUAAAUCAUGGUGGUGGGUCUUGCCAGUGUGGCCUGUCUUUGCCUGGUGGUGGUAGUCGGUGGCGAACCAUGCCUCAUCAUCAGCGAGAUCAACGCCGACAACCCGAGACUGGACACCACUGAGUUCGUGGAGCUGUAUCACACCAGUGGACAACGUGCUUCGCUGGAUGGCUACACCCUCGUCUUCUAUAAUGGAAAUGGAAAUAUAGCCUACAAGGUGCUGGAUCUCAAAGGCCACAGCACAGACGACCGGGGUUUCUUCCUGGUGGGCUCCGUGGACAUGCUGCCCAAACCUGCCAUCCUCCUGCCUCCAAACACGGUCCAGAACGGCCCAGACGCCAUCGUCCUCUACCACACGUCUGCUGCUCGCUACGGCGAGAAGAUGAACGUCACGGCUGUCGGGCUGGUGGAUGCCGUCGUGUACAUGACUCGCCGUACUGGCGGCGCAGAAUUCCUCGCUGAGACGCUGACACCUGGAGAACCGGCCUUUGUAGAGGACGAAACAGCUCUCGAGGGGGACGAGUCAAUCGAGAGGUGCCUGCUGUCCGAGGACAGAUGGGGCUUUCAGGUGUCCUCACCAUCGCCGGGUCAGCGAAACAACUGCACCCCGCCCGCUGCCCCGGUAACCAGUCCUGUCAUUACUGAGCUGAAGCUGGGAGGAGGGCAGGUGGACGGGUUUGUGGAGCUAACAGACGCCCCAGCUGCGGGUCCUCUGGUGCUGGUAGUGUUGGAUGGGAAAACGGACAGGGUCAGUGUGAGUGUGGAUGUGAACGUGGAGACGUCCAGGAACAUGCUGACCUCCGUGACGAUAGAGAAGAACUACAUGAAAGGAGACGAGUCUGGGGCGGUGGCCAUUUACAGCGGCAGAGCGUCAAACUUCUCUGUGGGCAGUCCACUGAGCCAGACCCAGCCCUUAGAUGCGUUUGUAUUUGCUGGACCUGGAAACAAGCCUAGUGCCAAUCUCACUGAGACUCUCAUCCCGGGCAGACAUCCUUACCAACUCAGCAACAGUUUGAGAGAAGGAGGUUUCUAUCUGAGUCGCUGUGGGGUGGCUUCCUGGUCCAGAGAUCCCGGCGUCUUCUGGGAGGCCCAGCAAACUCCUGGGCAGCCCAACCAGUGCCCCUGGCCGAAGAUCUGCCCUCACAGUAUCGUAAUUCCGGGAGGCACAGACUCGCCGGCUCACUUCCCACCAUGGGGGAACAGUGACUUCCUGAUCAAUGAGCUAAACACUGACACACCCGGCGCAGCUGAGGAUGGCGAAUACAUUGAGCUUUGGCACACAUCCGGUCGCCGGGUGUCCCUGCAGGGGAUCUGGAUAUUGCUGUUCAGUGCAAACAGCAACAAACCCUACCGGGAGAUCAGCCUGAGUGGACACUUCACCACCUCUAAGGGCUACUUUCUGCUGGGCAGUGAUAGGUUGGUGCCGGCUCCGUCGCUCCGCCUGCCCCCGAAUACCAUCCAGAAUGGACCGGACGCUGUGGCGCUCUACCGCAGCCCAUUUGGUCCACCAUCAGCCACACAGAGGGGGAUUCCCACAAAAGGCCUACUGGAUGCGGUAGUGUACCGGCGGAGAGGAUCAGAUAAAGAAGCGCAGGAGCUGAGUAAAGCGCUGACCCCAGGACAACUGCCUCUGUUGGAGGAUCCAGAAGUUCUGCCUGGUGAUGAGUCUCUCAGCCGCUGUAGAGGCCUUUACCCCCACGACCUGUCUGCGUUUUCAGUGGCUCCACCCACACCUCUGCGGGAGAACACCUGCCCCCGCCCACCCCCAGCUCCUGAGGGUGUGGUCAUCAGUGAGGUGGCUAGUGGCCACUGGACCAAUCACAGCCAGCAGAGGGCCUUUGUGGAGCUGCACGGGCCCCCCAUGACAGACCUGCGAGGCCUGGUGCUCUCUGUGUUUGACCAGGAGCGCAGCGGGACCGUCAUCGCCCUUCCUUUGACUGGAUCUAUUGAUCAGGACGGAUUUUACAUAGUUGGAAAUGUCACUGGAGCAGAUCAGAUUUUCCCCGAGGGCUCCACGGUGCCGGUGCGAGGGGCGGUGGUCCUGUGCUAUGACCUGUUCAGCGUCUGCAGAGCUGGGACGGCGCUGACCAACUCCAGUCUCAGAGACGCGCUUGUGUUCAGUGAAAACCAGCAGCUGCUCUCCUCCCUGACCACCACCAGAGGGAGACAAGUGAUUCCAGCUCUCAGGUCGGUGGAAGAUGGCACUGUCUCGCUCAGCCGGUGUUCAUGCUGUGAGGUGAGAAGCCCCUCCUCCUGGACAAGCUCCUCCCCCACACCUCACGGCGCCAACCUCUGUCCGAGCAACGCCUUCUCCAGCCAAAUUGACCUUUGCCUCGGACCCCUGUCCAGUGACUGGCAUGACCAGUCGGGAGACUGCAGUGGUCUGAUACAGGGGAAGGGGGUCGCAGAGGUGGCCAACUACCUGGAGAAGAGGUGUCACUGCGGCAUCUCUGCCUUGUACCUCCAAGGGGCCAACUUUUCUUGCGUGUCCGGGUGGCUGCGAGUGUGGGGGAACAUCCAAGCACUGUCGGACCAUCAGAAGGCCCUCAUCGUCCAGACGUCCCACAUGAAUCCUUCACCAGUUCAGGGAGACGUCUGCUCUUCUCCCACCACGGACCGUUACACAAGCACAGCUUCUACCCUGGGGUUACAGAUAGGUCUGAUAAUAGCAGUGCUUCUGCUGCUGGGACUCGGAGCUGCACUGUUCACAUAUUUCUACAGGAGGAGGCGUCCUCUGGACUAUUACACCAUGGAGCUCAGUGAACACGCAGAGGGAAUUUCAGAUCUAUAAUCCAGGCUUUGGAAUGCUGUCUGCAUCUGGGAGUGCUCUUGUGCGUGGGAGGACUUCGGCAGAGAGAGUGAUUGGUAAUAAUCAGAGGUUCAUUGGACCUGAGCGUAACUGAUUGCGGGGUUGUUUUGAAGCAACAUGCCACCGCCAGUGUCCUUCUGUGUGUCGCUGGGAGAUCACUGAUGAAAAUGACUUGUUUAACGGCACGUGACACGUGAUAUUUCGUAGCACUAGUGACACACUGACAUCAAAUCAGGCAGCCCAACGAGUUGAAUUUUAAAACAUAACAUCAUAUUUAGUGUACGACAUUGCCUGUGAUCUUUGCUGGUUAUUACUUUUAAAGGAAAAGGACGAUGAAAAAGUUUUGUUUUUUGGAGUCCUAAAUGGUCAUUUUUAUUGACUUGUUUGUGUUGCCCUGGAAAAAACUGUAUGUAAUGUAAAUUUAAACAGCUAUGCUCUUCAUUUAUGCAGAAAGCUCUACCAAGUUGAUGACCUUCCCAUCAUCACCUUCUCAGCUGGUAAUACGGUGUUUUAACAACAGGCAUUGUUUUUUGUGUUUUUUAUAAAGAUAAUAUUUGUUGAGCUCACAUGUAUUCUUCAAAAUGAGUCGACUUCCUGCUACUUUUACUGCUGCAUGCUGUAGUAGACCAGUUAAGACUCAAGUCUCUGUACGGGCUUGAUUGCCUUUUAAAUGUGAAUGUCUGUAGCUAACUUGUGAGGAGUGUCUGUAACCACUUAUGUGUGCUUAUUUAAAGCAAACUGUUUACAUUUUCUAGAUUGAAUAUGAGGCGGGGGGGAUGUGAGAGACGGAUGUCAAGUAGUUUGUUGAAUGAAGAGUAUUUGUUGUCAGAGAUAAGAGACUGCUUUGUGUUGAAGGGGGAAAAAAUCCAAGCUCUUUUAUUUUUCGCUUGUGUUUUUUUUGUGGCUCACAAACCUCAACUGUGCCUUUGACAUGCGUGUUAUUUGAUCAGCUGAUUCCUCCUCUAUAAGAGGGGAAGUGCUGCCAUGAUGAUUUAUUAUUCUCACCAAUUUGAAAUGACAACUCAUUAUAGAAAUAUGGGAAGGUUUGGAAAUUUGGUUUGAAUCCACUUUUCUUUAUGAAUCUAAAUAAUCAAGGUUUAAAAUAAUAAGAUUGCCAUGAUGUGCCAUGAAAUAAACAUACGCUUGAAUAUG